GCUGGCACGAAAGUCGAUGAGCCAACUCAUCAAACACCACCGUAGUUUACGCUGUAUUAUAUUCUCAUGACACGUGUUUGAUGACGUGGUCAUCGUCUUGGCGCUCCGUUUUUUCUCUCUCUCUCUCGUCUUCCUCCUCCCUCAGAAAAAAAAACUGAACUCUUUUUCGCUCUGUUUUUUUCUAGAGAGAGAGAGAGAGAGAUUGAAAUGCGUUAAAAUUUCUCUUUAGGUUUCAAGUUUUUCUCGAUUCUGAUCUCUGAGCUAGCUUACAGAUUCUUAGAGAAAGAAAGAGCUUAUUGUUGUUAAGUGUGGAACGUAACACCAUGGGAAAGAGCGAGGAACAACCACCAAAGGUUACCAAAUCAGACAACAUACCAUCUUCACCUGCGGAUCAAACAAAUGUUCAUGUCUACCCUGAUUGGGCCGCUAUGCAGGCUUAUUAUGGUCCAAGAGUAGCAAUGCCUCCUUAUUACAACUCAGCUAUGGCUGCAUCUGGUCAUCCUCCUCCUCCUCCUUACAUGUGGAAUCCACAGCAUAUGAUGUCACCAUAUGGAACACCGUAUGCAACUGUUUACCCUCAUGGAGGAGGAGUUUACGCUCAUCCAGGAUUCCCCAUGGGGACACAGCCACAAGGUCAGAAGGGUGUACCUUUAACAACUCCGGGGACGCCAUUGAGCAUAGACACUCCAAGUAAAUCAACAGGGAACACAGAGAAUGGACUGAUGAAGAAGCUGAAAGAAUUUGAUGGACUUGCCAUGUCUCUAGGCAAUGGGACUAAUGGUGAUGAAGGUAAACGCUCACGGAACAGCUCAGAAACUGAAGGUUCAACUGAUGGAAGCGAUGGGAAUACCACUGGGGCUGAUGAACCGAAACUUAAAAGAAGUCGUGAAGGAACUCCAACAAAAGAUGAGAAGAAACAUUUGGUUCAGUCAAGCUCACUUCGGUCUGUUUCUCAGUCGAGUGGUGAUAACUGCGUGAAACCUAACGUUGAAGGGGGUGGAGCUAUAGUCUCUGCCGCUGGUAACGAGAGAGAACUGAAACGGGAGAGACGAAAACAGUCUAAUAGAGAAUCUGCUAGAAGAUCAAGAUUAAGGAAACAGGCUGAGACUGAAGAGCUAGCUAGGAAAGUUGAAGCCUUGACAGCAGAAAACAUGGCGUUAAGAUCUGAGCUAAACCAACUUAGUGAGAAGUCUGAUAAGCUUAGAGGAGCUAAUGCUACCUUACUGGACAAGCUGAAAAGUGCAGAACCGGAAAAGAGAGUAAAGAACUCAGGAAAUGGAGAUAACAAGAACAAGAACCAAGGGGAGAGUGAGUCUAACUCUACCGGCAAACUGCAUCAACUGCUUGAUACGAAGCCUCGAGCUGAUGGUGUAGCUGCCCGCUAACGAAAUGUUUGAUCGUAACCCCACUUUUGUGUCGACUUCUACUUAAUUUUGUCGACAGAAACAAAAGGAAACCAAGUGUUUGCUAAUUCCAGAGAACUUGUUAGAUAGUAUAGAAGACAUGGAGAGAUGAUUUGAGCUAUAAUAUUAUAUAGAUUUUCAGAGAGAGGGAGAAAGAGAAGCUUUUCCUCCAGAUGAAAAAAAUUGGUGUUAUGAUGGUUGUUUAUAUUAGAGAGGCUUUAUUUUAAUUU